CGACAUUGCAAAGCCCCGAAACGGCCGUAGAACUCGAAAGGUCAAAAUAACUCACAGAGAACCCCAAAUAGAGACCUCUCAUAUUUUGGGAAGAUCCCGAUACAGCCCCAAAGAUGUCGCGCCCCGAGGACACCCUCGCGGCCGAUGUGCACUACAAUGACACCGAAGCACGAAAGUACACGACGUCGUCCCGAAUCCAAAACAUCCAGGCGGCCAUGACGCGGCGGGCCCUGGAGCUGCUCGAACUCACGUCCCCGUCCCUCAUCCUCGACGUCGGCUGCGGCAGCGGGCUGUCGGGCGAGAUCCUGACGGCCGAGGACCCGGCCGACGGCGGGCCGCACACGUGGAUAGGCAUGGACGUGUCGCCGUCGAUGCUGGACGUGGCGCUGCAGCGCGACGUGGCGGGCGACCUGAUGCUGGCCGACAUUGGGCAGGGGGUGCCGUUCCGCGCCGGAACCUUUGACGCCGCCAUCAGCAUCAGCGCCAUCCAGUGGCUGUGCAAUGCCGAGAGCAGCGACACGUCGCCCCUCGGCCGCUUAUCAAGGUUCUUCAACGGCCUGUACGCGAGCCUGCGCCGCGGCGGCAGGGCCGUCUGCCAGUUCUACCCAAAGAACGACACCCAGCGAGACAUGAUCGCCGGAGCCGCCAAGAAGGCUGGCUUCGCGGCUGGUCUGCUCGAGGACGACCCCGACACCAAGAACAAAAAGGUGUACCUUGUUCUGACGGUGGGAGGCAGCGCGCACGACGGUAGCGGCGGCGACAUCACGGACGUGGUCAAGGGGCUGGACAAUGUGGACGUCUUGGACGUGUCGAGGAAGCCCAAGGCUGGGAGGGAUAUGCGUAAAGGUGGCAAGGCGUGGAUCGUCAAGAAGAAGGAGCAGAUGGAGCGCAAGGGCAAGGUGGUCAAGGCGAGCUCGAAAUAUACUGGCAGGAAACGGAGGCCAGCAUUUUGAAGAGGAUUGCCGCAUUGCUGCGAGCAUUUUUUUGUUUGUUUUGGGUUUGUCUUUGGCGCGGCGUUUGAGGUUGGACGAUUCACACGGUCGCAUCAUCUUCCAAUAUGGGGUGUUUUGGUCUGGGAAAAAGUUGUAAACAAAAAAAAAAAAG